GCGAAAGUGUCCGGGCCUUCGUAAAGCAGUUCCAGAAGGUAUCUGAUGCCCUUAUGGCAAAAGGAAAAUUGUCAGAGGUCGAAAGAUGUACCAUUUUCAUUGGGCAGCUAUCGAAAGGGAAGCAAAAGGCAGUGCUGAGAGAGACGCCUCACGAUAAGCUAGAAUUCACUGUGUUACUCAAGUUGGCCAUGAAGGCUGAGGCAGAUGACUACAAGGACUUACUCUGGAGAGGCAUGCAGCGCCGGGACUUUUCCCUCUAUCAGGAAUACGGGACCGACAAGUGCCCAGAUUUCAAACCUUGGGCUGAGCGACGUUAUAUGAUGGAUAAAGAUGAGCCCCAACGUUCAAAGGAUAAUGAUGCUAUCAUAAAAGAGAUGCAAGAGAAGAUGAAGGCAAUGGCAAGGCAAUUGGCAAAUUUUGAAACGAAGGUCGGAACUACGUACCGGGAUAAACCCGGGUCACCCUAUUCCUUACGAUGGGAUCGCCGCAAUACUGACCCAUGGAGAAGUGUUGAAGACCGUAACCCCCACACAAUGGCCGACUAUCGCGCUAGGGAAAGAGAUGAGGAUGAGCGCCGACGUAAAGACGAGGAUGAUCGUAGACGUAGGGAUAAGGAGGAUCGAAGGCGCAGAGAAGAAGACAAUCGAAGACGUAGAGAGGACGAAGAGAGGAGGCGCCGGGAUGAUAAUAUAGACAGAGACCGCCAGCGUGAUGGGUACCGAGGGGGAGAUUCUUACGGUCGAGGAGACAGAGUCGACCAGUAUCCACACAGUCCCCGAGACCAGUACCCGCGCAGUCCCAGAUACGGUGGAAAUGCGAAAGGGUACUGGAGCCCAAGCAACUUUAACUCGAGGGAUAGAGAGGACUCCCGCGAACGAUGGGAGUUGGAUAGGGACCGCCGAGAUGGGUAUCGAAACAGUUAUGAGCGGACAGGGAGAGAUGGCGAUCGUAUGGAAGAGCGACGGAGGCAAUAUGAGAAAGUAGGAUAUCCUGCGUCGCCAGGGUAUCCCAAGUCCCCAAACUACCCUAGAUCUCCUGGGCCAUCUAACCAGGAUACGAGACGACCGGCGAUCAAAUCCGCGGAGGAACGGCCCUCUACCCCUAGGAACUCCUGUAUCUAUUGCAGGGGAGAUGAUCACCUCAAGAGAGACUGCCCUGACCUCAAACGGGCAAUAGAUGAGGGGCUUGUCGUACUUGAUGAUCGCAAGUACGUCAAGUGGGCGGAUAACCUCGACGAUGGAUCGAUGUUUCCUUCAAUGAAGGAGAACGUGGAAGCUAGGCGACUAGUACCAAACAAGGGUAAAGGGGUUGCAAGAGCUCAAAGCGUGAGACUGAGUCUGUCUUCUGAUGAGGAGAGUCCUAUAACGCCCAUACGGGUGGCAACAACUAAGUCUGCCAGGGCCUCGUCCUCUAAGAAGGCUGACACUGAUUACGUAAUGGCAGAGAAAGAUGGACAGAGGAUUGAAGGAGAAGAAGUCAUACUUUCCCCGCGCAAACGUGGGGCGAGAAAAUUCACGAUGAAGAGUACUCUGGAUGACAUAGACACGGUCGAACCUCUUAGACGCGCUCUUAGGCAGCCUAUGCAGUGCACGAUCCUAGAGUACUUAGCGGCCUCAAGGCCAGCACAGGAUGAAUUGCAGAUGAUUACGCGAAAGGCACGUAUUCCCCUUAGCGACGAGGUCCAAAUGGCGACCAAACAGGAGGAGAUACCCGCUGUUGCAGUAUCAAGUGUGGUCGCUAAGGCGGAUCGUGCUGCGAUGGUGUUCUUAGAUGGGAUGGGGGGAGUGCCUCCUGACAAGUUUUAUGUCCUAGGCAGCGGGACAGUACAGACUACCCUCAACGACAAGGUGGUCCUUCAUGCCGUAAUCGAUAACGGCAGCGAGACUGUCAUUAUAGACGAGGCCCUAGCGGUCCGAUUGGGAUUAGACCUGGACGGGUCGUACCAAUUUGAGAUAGAGACCGCUGAUGGGAGGAAGCAGAAGGUCGUUGGAGUUUGUCACAAGGCGGCAAUCGAGGUCGAAGGACUGAGAGUGAUGAUGCCCGUUUUCGCAGUUCGGGAUUGCAGCGCAGAGUUAUUAUUGGGAUGGACAUGGCUAAGUCACGUCCAUGCUAUUACUAUAGAACGGCCAGAUGGAAGCCAGAUGCUUUCCAUCAAGCGUCCAGACGGUGGGCGGAUCAUGAUGGAGACGGUAGAGCCUCGGGAUCCGAGGAAUAGAGCGGUUCUCGCUGUAGGGGGCCGAGUACCAGUUCCCCUUGCGAGUCGAUCCCUAAGCUUUCGUGAAAAGAAGUAUGGACCUCUGCUUACAGAGGAAGAAGGAUAUAACGAGAUACCACUAGAUCUGAGAGAUAGGCAUCUCACAGCCAUGUACACGCCGCUCGGAUUAGUGCAAAUGAUGGUCGUUCCGAUGGGAUGGACCAAUGGGGUAGCGGUCUUUCAGAGAGUCAUGGUAGCGGUUCUGAAAGACUUUAUCCCAGAUAAAGUAGAAGUUUUCCUGGACGACUUUCCGAUAAAAGGACCGGUGUUGAAAGACGAGACGGAAGCCGCUCUUGGCGUCAGGAGGUUCGUAGAGCAAUACCUGACGGACAUUUACGUCAUUUUGGAACAGCUAGAUCAAGCUAACCUGACGGUUAGCAGGACAAAGAGUCGAUGGGCUGUAUCGAUGAUUAAAAUUCUAGCGUUUAUAUGCGAUGCGAAAGGCCGACGCCCCGACCCUGGGAAGUUAGAAAAAUUGUUGAACUGGCCGACUCCUUUGCACAGUGCAACUGAAGUUCGUCAGUUUUUAGGGGUUGUAGGUUAUUGGCGGAUUUUUAUACGAGGGUAUGCGGAAAAGGCGGAACCCCUGCGCACACUUCUUAGGAAGACUGAGAAGUUCUACUGGGAUUGUUCUCAAGAGCUAGCAGUGCAAUCUCUCAAGGAAGAAUUUAAAAAAGGCGGUCGAAUUCUAGGUGUGCCAUUCUUUGAGGAUGAAACCAAUAGACCAUUUAUAGUGUCUACUGAUGUCGGGCCACGUUCGGUAGGAGGAUUACUUUUUCAAAAGGAUGUUGAUGGCAAGGAAAGGCCAUUGAGGUUCGAGAGUCGAACACUCAAUAUUGCAGAGCGUAAGUACAGUCAGUUUAAGAAGGAAGUGUUGGCUGUUCUACGGUGCUUAGAUACCCUUAGACAUUACAUAUACGGUAGACGAUUCGUUCUUAGGGUAGAUCCUACCGCUGUAGCGUCAGUCCUACAGAAGGACUUCAGUCUGACAGAUCCAACGAUCACGCGAUGGCUGAUUAGGAUUCGACUUUAUGAUGACACUGUGGAAAGGAUCUCAGGGGCAAAGAACGCUGUAGCCGACGGACUCUCGCGAGUUCCCAUCGAGGCAGAGCGACCAAUAUCAGUUGCUGCGCUGACUAUGGCUGAGCCUAAACGAACGGAUCGCUUCCUAGUCAAUCUUUAUGAAGGUAAGUAUCGCACUAUCGGACUGCAUCUGUCAGGAGAAGAAAACACUGAUUCGGACAUCCGGAGACAGGCGGCGCAAUACUGCCUUAGAGCUGGGCAUUUGUUUCGCCGACCGGUGGGGGCAUGGAUGCCUCUACGGGUGGUCUGUGAUCCAGAGGAGAAACAGUCCAUAGUGGCGGAACUACAUGACGGGGUAGUCGGAGGACAUAGAGGAGUAAAAGGAACAUACGAGAAGGUUCGCAAACUAUAUUGGUGGGAAGGACAGUACAAGGACGUUGAAAAGUACUGCGAAACUUGUGAGGACUGCCAGAAGAGAUCUCUUAUCAGAUAUAAGGAGCCACUUCAUCCUUCAUAUCCCACUAGACCAGGAGAGAAGGUGCAUAUUGAUCUGGUGAAAAUGCCGAAGGGUGUAGGGAACAUGAACUAUGUAGUGAACAUCAGGGAUGAUUUCACUGGCUUCGUCGAUGGUAAGCCUAUCAGAACAAAGACAGCAAGGGAAGUUAAGAACUUUGUCCUGGAGUAUCUAUCUAGAUACGGAUGUGUCAGUAAGAUUGUGAUGGAUAGAGGAGCAGAGUUCCUAGCAGACGAGGUACAAAACGUAUUCAAGAGAGCAGGAGCUAGAGUAUCUAUUGCUACUGUCUAUCAUCCUCAGUCCAAUGCACCUGUAGAGCGAGGCCACCAGUCAUUGAUUGCCUCCUUAUCCAAGUGGUGUAGAGGGAAGGAUGGCGACUGGCCGAAGUAUUUCAGGUACGCGAUAUGGGCGGACAAUGUCACGGUCCGAGCUAGUACGGGCUACCCUCCUUACACUCUAUGGUUUGGAAGGCACUGUCCCCUGCCCAUAGAGUUUCAAGUUGACAGUUGGACCACGGUUAACUGGGCAGAGAACAUGACACGAGAGGAAUUACUGGCAACACGGACUAGGCAGAUAGCUUACGGACUUGAAGACAAUCUUAUGACCGUGGCCGAUCGACGAGCAGUACAAAGAGAAAAAAACAAAGUAAGAUGGGACAAAGACGUCAUAAUCAAAAAGGAAAAGAUCAAGGUUGGCGACGUGGUACUCCUCUACGACGCCGCUUUGGAAAGGACAUGGACUGGGAAACUGGCUAAUCGAUGGAUGGGGCCCUACCGUGUACUUGGUGCGUUAAGCUGGGGAGCCUGUAUGAUUGCUGAGCUAGAUGGGUCAAAGUGGAAGGAUCUUGUGGCGGGAGCUAGACUGAAGUUGUUUAGGUCAAGGGAAACUCCUACUCCUGCUCCGAGACCAUCAGAUCCUAAAGGAAAUGGUAAAGCUAAGAUAACGGACGGAGGACCGUCAAGACGGUUCGAUGUAGGUGAAAGUUCAAAGAAGAGGAAGAGGGUGGAGACAAAGAAAGUGAAAGGCUUAGCCCUGGGCAAGAGAAAGAAAUGGGUCUUUGUUCUACAAAGACCUAAGUGCAGGGUCCACAUUAGGAAGGGUGGCGCAGUUGACGCACGACCUUCCCGAAGGAGGAGAAAGUGAAGGAAUGUUUUUGUAUCAAAGCCCAAACGACGGCGACAUGAGAGAGGGAAGAAGCACCCUCUCAGCCCCCGAGUUCCU